UCCGCAGGGCGCGAGCGAACGCACGUCCCCGGCCAUCUUGAAUCGCGUCGCCAUUCCGUGCACUUCUAACACUUCCUACUCAAACACCAUUUUACUUUUAAAUACGGAAGUGUCGUGAUCACCCGCAGUUUAUAACUGAUCCAAACUGCGGUAACCACACUUGCCAACUCAUUCCAACUCCGAAUAUUGUGAAGUGUUCGAACAUGGACUUCAAAAUGAUAGAAGACAAUUGACGACGCAGUGUCGCCGCUAAAGCGAAACUUUCCCAAUCUCGAUAAUAUUCGGAAAGUUCUGAUAAUGAAUACGUCGCAUUAACAGCGAUUUAGGGCUAAACAGCUCUCCCACACACAUUCGGACCAUCAAUGCUAAAUUACAGACUGGUUUCAACGCAUUUUUUGAAGCAGCCGUAAAUAGUUAAAAGACAAUCUCUAUAUUGACUGUUUGUGCCGUGCCAAUAUGUGCCGUGAUCGGGACAUGUCGGUGCAGAGAAGUGACAUCAUCAAAUAAGAUUUCUCUACGGACGUGACAGACAAUCGUGUCUAUAGUCUAGUGUCAAGCCUCCCGUCAAAACGGCGCGCGUAUCCGCACUGCCGUUUCGUUUUGUUUCUUUCAAUUUGUUUUACAUCAAAGGAUAAGCAAUAGCCCGGUUGUUUAGUGUUUGGUUGUGGAUCAUUGGUUGGGGUUUUGCCUAAGAGCGGGCCCCAGUGCGACCCUGGCCAGCCGUACCAGAGAAAACAUAUCCAGAAUCUUGGAUUCCAUAGUUGGUGCUGCAAGAUACUGCAUUAAUCGACCCAUUAACGGCUGAAAACUUUUGGAAAUUGGGUGGUUUAUUUUCCGAGUUAGCGAAAAUGGUACAAUUGGAAAUUUUACAGGGGUACGGACAGGAAAGUGAGCGCUCGAGCGAGCAUCGGGUAGUAAUAUCUGGGCUCGGGUGGCGUGCGCAGUGCUCGGAACGCGAGCGCGAGCGGACUGAAGACAUGGCGGCGCCCGAGUGCGAGCGCGAGGCUCGCAAGCGCCGCGAGCGCCGCGACUCGGGCUGCGCGCACGAGCGCAAGGAGCGCCGCCCGCACAGCGAGGAGCGUCCGCCCCCGCCGCCGCCGCCGCCGCCGCCGCUGCACGACCAUAACCGAAUUGAAUCGGAACGUCGUGCAGAAAGGUUGUCUCGCGCUCGCCGGCCGCAGUUCGGCGGCAAGCGUCGCCGUCCCCCCACCCGGGUACCCAAACACCCGAAGGAGAACGAGUGUUACACUACAUCCGAGGAGAUCAGAUGCAGCACACCACCACACUUCGACUAUGUCGUCGUGCAAAAACCACAACUAUGCGAGGAACCGGAGACUCUGGACGCGGGCGCACUGCACCGGGUGGUGGGGCGCACGGAGAGCGCGGGCGAGGAGGCCGCCGCCAGCCAGGCCGAGCGUGCACGCAGCGACGAGCGCAGCGCCGCGCCGCCCAACGUCACGCGCCGGGACCAGCCCGUGCCGGACCGGCGGCUCGACAAGAUCAAUAAGAAGAUCUCCGUACUCAAGAAGAACAUCGCCAAGUACGAGACUGAAUUUGAAACUAAGAACGGCCACGCGUUGACACAGAGUGACAGAAUAACAGAUGUAGCACUGACACGAAUGAACGAAACGUUGCGCAGACUACAGACAGAGAAACGGCUCAUCAAGACUGACCCAGUGGAAUAUGCUCUCAAGCUACAAGCCGCUAAGCAGCAGAAGGAGAGAGAUGACAAGCUCGAAGAAGCGCUGAAGAGCGAUAAACCUAUGACUGAUAUCGUUAAAGAUAUUGAAGAGUGGUUAGAAGGGUGUCGUCAGGCGACGGGGCGGGCGUCGGUGGGGGAAGCUCACUGGACGGCGGCUCAGCUGGCUGCUGAGAAGCUGUGUGUCCAGCGAGUGCUGCUGCGACUUGAGGCAGCUAGGGGCCGCCCGCCGGCGCAUUCGGCUGAGAGAGGUGCAGCCAGGCAUUUGUAUGAACGGUAUAGAGCUGUGAAGAGGGUGCUAGCGUCUUCGAGGCCUGAUGCUAUCAUAGGCUGCACAAACGGAGAGCUAGCGACGAUUCACGAACACGAGGCGAUGCUAUUCAACUCAAGCGUGGACAGCUCAAGCGACUCACAGGAGAAACCUUCAGACUCGUCUCAGGAGACAGCAGAGACUCCCCUUCAGUCACCCCCAACGCGGGAGGGCGGCGGGGAGGAGGUGCAGUCCUCCACUUCGUCGGCGCAGUCCGCCAGUGAUGAGGCCGCUCCUUCGAAUGAGGGACUCCACUGUCUAGGGGUGGAGGAGUUGAAUAAGGCUCUUACGGAAGCUAAGAUGCAGAAAUCUAUCUUACGCCGCACCAUAAAAGAGUACGAAGUGAGCUUCGAGCUGCAGAACAGCAGGAAAGUGCAACGAGACGACAAGAAAGGCCACGAGGACGAAUACUUCAGGUACAAGGCUGUCAAGGCACGAAUCAAAUUAAUAAACGCGCUUAUAAACAAACAAAAAACGCUAACCAACAAUCAAACUACAAACUAAACCAAAUAAAAAGGCUUAAAUAAGCCUCAAUGUUUUUCAUCUUGCUUCUCGUAUAAGCAUUACAAAAUGGCGAUCCUUUGCUAAAUGCUGUCCGCCCAUGUCUGACAUUUUGUAGGACGGAUAUAUAGGACCGAUUUCAUGUAGGACGUUCCUACUAAGACAUGUGCGUUGCACUAUUGCUAUCAGUGUGUUCUAUUUUUCUCCUACAAAAAAUCGGUCUCCGAUAUAUUAUCGGACGUGGACGGGUAGCCGAUUUCUGUUUCGUUUGAAGGGUCGUCGCUUAGACUGUUCAUGUUUUAUAAAUAUGAUGAUUAUUGUAUAAGUACCCAUAAUAUACUCCUACAUUGAUGUAUUGAAAUUAAUUUCUCAUUAAAAUCAAUGUACAGGCUAGUCAACAGUAGAUAAAUAUUAUUUAUUUAUUUGGCAAUUUCGUUGAGUUACUGAUAAUUUUAUUUUGGGCGAAUACAACAAUUUUUGUACAUCAAAAAAUACGUCAAAAAAUCUAGUGCUUCCUAAAUUUUUAUGAAAAUUGAUGUAAAUUGACGACUUGGUAUAUAUCCGUAAAUGCCCUAUUGUCUUAACACCAUUCAAUGGGUUAUAUAAAAAGUUUUCUAUUGCAAAUUUUAAAUAUUUUUAUUUAAAUGUUUUUGAAAUUGUAUAGUGCCAAAUAUUGACGAUCUAUACAAUUUGUUACUGUACAUAAUAUUGACUUGGUAAUCAAAAUAAUGUAAGCCUCGUUCGAAUUAUUGACAACUAAUAAAAAAAAGAAAUUGAUGUUUAUAAUAGUUUAACGCAAACCAUUUAUUCUGAUGAUGUCAGCUAGAAAUAAUAAUCCACUGAUUAAUAUUGCAAAUACCCCAAUAACUGUUGUAAAUAAUAAAAUUGCUGUAGUUCUGAUACAUGGAUAAACUAUGUGUAUUCAUUAAAGAAGUAAGAUAAUAUAAAAUAUCGUCUAAUCUUAAUCAUUGUCUGUUCACUGCCCUACACUUGACUAACUGAAACAAAGUAGAAAAACACUGAUUUUCGAUACAUUUGACCACAAUUACAACGGGCGCAUAAGCAAAGUACAAGCAGUAUUUUAUCUGCAAUAGGUAUAUACAAAUUCAUAUAUUACCUUAUAUUACCUUAACACGUUACCUAAAUGUUGUACUGUAUAGAUAAUAUACUUUGUAAUAUUGAUAUUAACUGUGGUACAUAUAGUUGCAAAAGCGGUUCACAUAAUACUCGUAGCUGAGAGAAUUGUUCUUGUUUUUUGGAUGUUUAAUACAUAAGACUUUUGCAACUGAUUGUACUUUGAAUAGGGAUGGGAAAUAUAUCGCACUUUUGCGAGGAAUAUGGAUUUGACUGGUUUGUUCGAUGGCUUUCAAAUGUAUCUGAUAUUACGGUUUUCGCGAAAAUACUUGUGAAACGAAUGGAAACUGAAUGAGUAACUAUGGCUUUGUACAUAAUGUAAUACAAAACUAUAAAAACUCUAUAAGGGGUACUCUAAGAAUUUUCGAUCAUUUACCCCUAUAUAUUAAAUCUUAUUACUGUUAAAGCUACUUAUAUAAAUAGUUAUAUAACUACUAUAUGUGUAUAACUACGAGACCUGAGAAAGUAGAUUAAGAUCUCGAUGUGGACGAAGCUUCAGGCUUUAGAAUUUUGGAUUGACGCUUACGAUGAAAUUGGAGAAACAAAAAAUAAUCGAGUUUAUGUAUAACUUUACCGCCUAAGACUUUAUUGAUGUCGACUUAUUUAUCAUUUUAUAUAUUUAAUUUUAUAAUUUCCCCUUUAUAUGUUUUGUGAUUGUGUAAUAUACUCGAUCUCAUAUGUGUUAGAAAUAUUCAGGCCCUAAGACGGGCUGGAACUUUCGUUCUCUUAAAGAGAAUUAUAGCAGUUAAAUGUAUUUAGUGAUAAAGUACUUACCUGUGAUUUUAUUAUAACAAAAAUAAUCUUGUGUGACAAGAACUUGGAUGUUUUACUAAUCGUUGUGGUAGAUGUUAGUUGACGAUUUUCCGUUGAACAAAAUUAAUUUGAAUUAUGUGUUGUUUUAAACAAUAUUAUUGAAAUGGAUGAGACUUGAUAAAUGGUUUAUGCUAAACCUAAAGUAAUGUCUAUAUAACGUUAUAUUAAUACGAGAUAAUUAUGAUGUUUAGAUACAGGACGUUGGUUUAAAGCAUGUCGCGUUGUGGGAGGUUCACGUGAAAACAAAAACAAUUGAAUAGCUCCGGUCCAAUGUGUUCAUGCUUUAUCAACGUCCUGCUUUCGCUUGUCAAGAAGGCAAGUAAUUUUAAUACCUAAUUAUUGCUUUGCAAUAUAUUAUAUAAGACGUUCAGCGUAUACAAUUAUAUGACAAAUCAAAAUGGAUAUCAUAUCAAUGUUUAAAUUGACAGUAAGCGAUGUAUUUGUACCGAUCCUGUAACUUUAGUGUCUAUAAGUUACGCUCCCGACUUCUCCCGCCUACAUAUGAUAGCCAAGCACGAAACGCCGUUUCAGCUAAUUUAAAAUUAAUGCAUUGUUUGUGCAGUUUGGAUCGUAAACAAUCUUGAAUGCAUAAUAUUGUAAUCAUACUCAGUCAGUAGAGUUCCACAAAUUGCCACUAAUAUUCAUAUAAUGUUUAAAAUAAAAAAUAGAACAAA